CAACACUAACCAUACUAUAUAUAAAUACACGUACCUAGUACCUUGUGGUGCCCGGGUCUUUUAUGGUAAUUGUGGUGCCCGCGUACAUAGAGGAUCACAUAUAUAUGUAUGAUAAAGACCGUACGUAGUUCUGCUUGGAGUUACUUCUAAUUUUUACCUAAAGCUGUUCGUAAAGUAAUUUUUUUUACAAUGUUUAUAAACAGUAUAAUAAUGAUCAUUAGUGUUGUAAUCGGUAAAAUUGUGUUCGCACAGGAAGAACCAUCAACACCAACAGUAGCAGCAAAAAAUAUAAGUUCUAGCGAAAAUACUCGUAAUUCCACUUGUCUGGAUAUUCUGAAGAAGGAUCCGAAUGUUAAAGACGGCUUAUUUAUGAUAAACCCCAUGACCAAAUACGAAGACGACGAAUACUCCGAGUUCCCAGUGUGGUGCGACUUCAGUAGAAAUGAAACCGUGGUCUAUCCUCUAUUAAAAGACUCAAAAAUAAGAGUACCGACUGAUGUGUCAACUGCACGAGGCGAAGUAUGGAUAGAAAACAUCGGUAUGGAGAUAUAUUAUCCAUUCGAUAACAGCCAGAUAAAAAUACUUCAAGAAACUUCGAGAUGGUGUUACCAAAACAUCACUAUUAAGUGUAAAAAUCUGGUGGCGUUUUAUGACGCUGUCCAAAACACUUUAGACAAAAGUAUCAAGAUUCUCGCAUGGAACGAUAAAGAGCUGACCCCACUGGGUCCAUUAGAUUUAAAACUGGAAUCGGCUAAAGAUGAUUGUAAGUAUAGGGACAAUUCGAAUGAAUGGAAAGAAACUGUUAUUGAAUACUCCACUACAAGAUGUGAGAGACUCCCCUUCGCAGACGUCGCCAUACGAGACGGGGGGAGAGGACAUGGCCAGUGGUUCAAUGUAGAGAUGGGACCGGUUCGUUUUUCAUGGUAAUAUAUGUAUCCACAAAUAUUACUUAAAUGUGUAGUCAACUUGUUUUGAUUUUUUUUUUGUUUUUUUUUCAACCUACUUCUUACCAUGUACAUACAUAUGUAUAUAUAUAAUUAUUCUCAUUGCAUUUGUUUUUGUAAUCUGAAUUUUGUAUUAUUUUGUGUUGACUGAUGUUUAAUCUUCAAUUUCAUCUAAAUUCAUGUUUUAUUAUAAUUUUUUAUCUACG